AAAUUCUCUAAUUAGUCUGGAAACGGGGGACCUAAUUCUUGCAUUCUGUGAAAACGGAACUAAACAUUAUCACGUGACUUGAAAACGACACAUUUUGCUCACGUUGGAAGAGGCGUUCGAAUUGGUUGAUAAUAAUUAAAGUUGUAAAUAUUGUGCAUCGUUCCUUCGAAGUUCCUUCUCAUAUUAAACACAGAACAGCAUAAAAUGUUAACUUGAAUCAUUUUAUGAAAAAUUACCAUGAUAAUUUUUUCAUAUUGAAGAAAAGUACGAGUAACAAUUGAAAAUAAGAUUGUCUGACAUUCGACGAAUCACGUGGUUUUCGGUGCUAAUUGAUAAUGACAAGAAUUAAGUUUCGGACAUUAUUUCAGUGUCAUGCUUUAAAAUAUGCUCAUUAUAAAUAUCGAGGAAGAAUUGCAACGAGAAGUGUUACAACUUGGUCGCACUUGGCAUCGGCUUUCAACUCAUUACCCAAUAAAAAAUUUAGUAUAUUAGAAGAAAAAAUGGGAUUAUUUGGUUAUAGAGAACUUAAUGAUCCUCUUGGGUUUGAAUUAAUGAAAGAAAAUGCUAUUCUAGAAGCUAGAAGUUUGGUAAAUGAAGCACUUUCUCCUGAUAGGAAACAGAAAAUUGUUGAAAUAUUUGAUAUGUUGUCUGAUACAUUAUGCAAGGUUGCUGAUUUGGCAGAAUUUGUUAGAAUUGGACAUCCAAAAAAACGUUUUGUAUAUGCUGCAGAAAAUGCUGCCAUAUCAAUAGGAAGUUUAGUGGAAGAGCUAAACACAAAUAGAAAAUUAUAUGAAGUUGUUCGUGAUGUUUCUGAAAAUGGUGAUAUAUUUCCUACAGAUCCAAUAGAUGACCAUGUUGCUAAACUUUUCUUGUUUGAUUUUGAACAGAGUGGAAUUCAUUUAGAAUCUGAUAAAAGGAAACUUGUUGUAGAUUUAAAUUCUUACAUUCUCCAUGUCGGUUCGCAUUUUAUGAAUGGAAGUUUAAAACCUCGUUCUGUAUUAAAAUCCGAACUUCCAGAAAAUAUACGUCAUUGUUUUUCAGCUGAUGGUGACAGUAUACUUGUCAAUGGAUUGUUUGCAGAUUCUCCAAAUGAAAUUGUCAGAGAAGCUGCUUAUAAAAUCUUUCUCUUUCCUGAUGAGCAUCAGGAAAAGCUUUUAGAAGAAUUACUAAAUGCUCGAUAUCAACUUGCUCAGUUAUGUGGAUUUGAUACUUAUGCUCAUCGUGCAAUAAAUGGAAGUUUAGCAGGAAAUCCUUCUGUAGUUAACAGGUUUUUGCAAACAAUUUCUGAUGAAUUAAAAUCUAGAGCAAAUAUUGAUUAUAAUGAAAUGUUGAAAAUGAAGAAAACCAUUAACAAAUAUGCAGAAGAAAUAAAACCAUGGGAUAUUCCAUAUUAUACUUCUUUAGCCAAACAACAAAGAUUCCAGAUUAAAGGGUCUGAUUUUAGCCCUUAUUUUUCACUUGGUGUUUGCAUGGAUGGAAUUAAUUAUCUUUUACAAUCCUUAUAUGAUAUAUCUUUAAAAGUAGAGAAUGUGAAGAAUGGUGAAGUUUGGCAUACUGAUGUUAUUAAACUUUCUGUCUGGGAAGGAGAUGGUACUCUCUUAGGGUAUAUUUAUUGUGAUUUUUUUGAACGUAAAGAUAAACCUAACCAAGACUGUCAUUUCACCAUUCAAGGUGGACGUCUACUAAAAGAUGGAUCAUAUCAAAUUCCAGUUGUAGUUUUAAUGUUGAAUUUUUCAUCACCAACUUGGUCUAAACCCUCCUUGUUGACACCAAAUAUGAUUGAUAAUUUGUUUCACGAAAUGGGUCAUGCUAUGCAUUCAAUGUUGGCAAGAACAAAAUAUCAGCAUGUAACAGGAACUCGUUGCUCUGCCGAUAUUGCAGAAGUACCAUCUAUACUCAUGGAAUAUUUUGCAAGUGAUCCUAGGGUAGUUUCAAAAUUUGCACGCCAUUACGAGACUGGUAAACCAAUUCCUGAAUCUCUACUUAAAAAUUUAAGUUUAUCCAAAAAUUUAUUUUCUGCAUCCGAAGCUCAACUUCAAGUGUUUUAUGCCGCUUUGGAUCAGAAGUAUCACAACAAACCCGAAAGUGGUAAAUCAACUACUGAAAUUUUAAAAGAAGUACAACAAAGUUAUUAUGGUCUUCCUCAUGUAGCUCAUACAGCAUGGCAACUGCGAUUUGGUCAUCUUGUUGGCUAUGGAGCAAAAUAUUAUGCAUAUACAAUGUCAAGAGCAAUUGCAGCUCAGAUUUGGCAUUCCAUCUUUAAAGAUGAUCCUUUGAAUCGUGCUGCAGGAGAGCGUUAUAGGAGGGAAGUGUUAGCUCAUGGUGGAUCUAAACCUCCAAUGCAACUAAUUGGUGAUUUUCUGCAAACAGUUGUAACACCAGAAAUGUUAGCUAAAGCAUUUAUUAUGGAUAUUGAUGCAAAAACUUGAAAUUUUGUAAUAUAUUGUAUUUUACAAUAUUUAAUAGUCUAUUUUUAAUUCUGUUUAACUUGUAAAGUUUAUAAAGUUAAUAAAUAU